AUGGACAGAGAGCAGUUCAGCGCAGGUGAACACAUCAAACCAGGAAUCACCAGGGGGCGGAGCUACAGAGCCAGGCCACGCCCCAUGGAGAAGAAACAACCCAUCUCCGACCGUGGACAAGACCCAAGAAGGCUGGAGCUGUGUUUAGUGAAUUCCAACAACGGCAGACGGAUUGGAGAAACUUUAGACGCUGAAUUAAGUGGAUAUUCUGUUCCACUUGAGCAUUCGUUUGAAACAGAUGAUGUCACAAACUUUCGUGUUCGAGGAGCUUUGAUCUUAAAACCUGGACGAGAACAGAGCGUCUCUCUGUCUCAGAACCAGCUCUCAGAGGAAGACCGGAUCAGACUCAAGGAGGUGGCAGCAGUGGAUGGACUCUACAAGAUCAGAGUUCCCAGAGUUUCUCUUCAGUCCGACCGAGCGGAGAGAGCGAUGGAAGGACACCUCACAGCCUUUGUCCGAGCGUGUGCGAUGGUGGAGUCUCACCUCAGCGACGUCCUGACGCUGCACACGGAUGUAUCGGGCGUCCUGAUUGGUGUUUCCAUAGUAACGCUGCCCGGCGCCUGCAGAGGGACCGAGGUGGAGGACGAGGUGGAUCUGGAGACCUUCAACACCACUCUCAGCGUCAUGGCACCCAUCAGCGCCCCCGGGCCCGAAACCGCUCUUUUCCUCGAACGUUUGGAGCAAGAGACGGAGAAGAAAGGGAAGCCCCAGGAGCAGAAAUCCUUCUUUGCUAAAUAUUGGAUGUACAUCGUGCCCCUCGUCCUCUUCCUCAUGAUGUCAGGGGCUCAGGACCAAUCAGGAGGCGGCGGCGGAGGGGGAGCAGCCAAUGGGGGAGGCCGAUGA